GUACACAUUUCAGUCACACUGUGUGGGGUAUUUUUACACGCGUGAAAGAUAUUUCGAUUCGGGAAAACCUUCGGGCUCCGUGUGACAAUGGAGGCGUAUUUACGGAGCUGUCGCGAGGUACUGAAGGGUUGUUGUAAUAACAGCCCAGGGCUUCAUGUCGUAAUGGGGAAUGAGGCUUGUGAUAUGGAUUCGAUGGUAUCAGCCCUGACCUUCGCCUACUUUCUUUCAAAGACUCUGAACUCUAAGAGGCUACCAGUGCCUAUACUCAAUAUCCCACGACGCGAGUUCCCCUUGCGUUCAGACAGCAUCUUCCUGCUGAGAGAGACCGGUCUGUCUCAGGACGAUCUGCUCUUCAGGGACGAGGUGGACCUUCACAGUCUACACAAGGCCAAACAGCUGACACUGACACUGGUCGACCAUAACGUUUUGCCCAGUUCGGAUAGUGAGUUGGAAGAAGCUGUUGUUGAAGUUAUUGACCAUCACCUUCUACAGAGACCCUCAUCUUCCUCGUGCUCUGUCACCGUAGAGAGAGUAGGCUCUUGUGCCACACUGGUUACGGAGCGCAUCACCCAAAAAGCACCUGAUGUGCUCGACCAACAAGUGGCUCAGCUUUUAUAUGGUACCAUUAUCCUAGACUGCGUUAACAUGGCACCCGAGGCAGGUAAAGUUACCCCUAAGGACAGCCAGUAUGCCGUCUUUUUGGAAAAGCAUUUUCCCGAGCUGCCUCCGAGGGGCGCUUUAUUCCAGUCUUUACAAAAUGCCAAGUUUGACGUAUCAGGUCUGUCCACUGAGCAGAUGCUGUUAAAAGACAUGAAAGCAGCAAGUGGUGGGGAUCUACGACUGGCUGUCAGUGUUAUUUAUUUGACACUAGAGGAUUUUCUACAGAGGCGGGGCCUGCAACAAGACCUCUGUGAGUUCUGCCACAAACACAACUAUAACCUGGUGGUUGCAAUGACAAUCUCUUUUAGAGAUAACAAGGAGCCGUUCCGACAGCUAGCCAUCUAUAGUUCCAGCACUGUCUACAGAGAAGAGAUCAGUAAAGCACUAGAAAAGGCCAAAAACCCCAGUUUGGAUCUAAGGCCAAUAAGCAGUCCAUAUUUGGAUAUCAAGACAUACAUACAAGGUAACACAGUGGCAUCACGCAAGAAGUUAUUACCCAUUAUUACAGACUUCUUGAAGGAGUGGGAUCGGAAAGUGUGUCAAAGUGGGAAUAUAGAUGUUUUAGAUCUGGACGAUGAUUCCAAUCAAGACCAGAGUGACUCGUUGCAAUGUGCAGAGGAUGCUGGGAUUGAGGAUGAUACCCCAUUCCCUCCAACACCUAUGAACAGUCUGGUUGAGGGCUGUCCUUUGGACAAUGGCCUGCCAAAAAUCAAUCCUGAGAUUUUGGUGGAGAAAGUUUGCAGGAUGGCCAGCAUGGAGGAUGAGUCUCCUGAAGGACAGUGAUGAGGAAGCUGUUCCCAUAGAGUCCUUUAGGAUCUGGAGCCUUUCUAUGACCUCCAGAAAAGGCAGUGCAUAAACAGCAGUGGUGUACAAAGGCAAAACAAUGAAGGGGGAAUUUUGUUGUUUGUAAACUGUCAAAGGUACAACAUGGUUAAAAGAGACCUUUCUUUUGACUUUUUGAGGUUUGGUACAUUUGAAUGCAGCGUCAUAUUUAUCAUAGCGUUUGAAAAAGUUUGAAUUUGAGAUGUUACUGGCUCAAGAUGUAGAUUUAGGUUGUUAGUUAUUUUUGACUCAGGUUCUCCCUAAUUAUAAAAAUUCAUUUUGAUUUACUAAAGAUUUGACUCCCAGUUUGACUCCCAAUUGAUUGACUUGGUCAAGUCAUUUCUAUUAAGUAGCUGUGUUCAGGUCACAAUCACAACAUGCAACAUUCAAUUCAAAAUGAGUUCUUGCUGUUAUGAUAGAUACUCACUUCUGUGGCUUUUGUAGUAUAGAUUAAGUUUUUCAUCUUAAUUUUGGAUUAAGGUGUUUUCACUGACUUGAAACAAGAUUAUCAGUACAGUUAGGUCCUGAGUUUGCGGUCAUCCAAUCCAAUGUAGUGUCUUUAUAUUACAGAUCAAUGCAACAUAAAGUUGAAUACCUUAAAGUAGGUACUAUUGUUGGUGUAGGUGUAAACAAUAAAAGUUAUAUGCCAUGAUGGUUUGUAGGUUGUUAGAAUGGCAUGUUGUUGAUUUCCUCAAAAAAGUAUUUAAACUUAAAUUAAAUGGAAAGUCCAUUUAUACUACUACACAAAAGGUUCAUAAGCAGAAAUUUGAUUCUUGCAUUUUUGUUAUUGUACUUACAUGAAUUUCCCAGUUAAAAAUAUAAAAGUUUUUCGAGUUAAAAAUAUAAAAGUUUCUCGAGUUAAAAAUAUAAAAGUUUCUCGAGUUAAAAAUAUAAAAGUUUCUCGAGUUAAAAAUAUAAAAGUUUCUCGAGUUAAAAAUAUAAAAGUUUCUCAAGUUAAAAAUAUAAAAGUUUCUCAAGUUAAAAUUUUUUAAAGUUUCUCAAAUUGUAAAGUUCCCUGUGGGAUGGGACUAUUUUUAAGCUGUAUGAUUGAUUACUUACUUUCCUUGUUGGGGAAAUGUAACCAAGUACAGUAAUUGAGUUUACUUUUUGUUGGUCUUCAUUACAAUGCUAUAGUUAAGCAAAAUAUUAGUACUAUGCCCAUAUGUAGUAGUUUUAAUCAUUAACGUGUUAAUACUGUUAAUACUUCCACUGUAAGCGGAUUACUGUAAGUGCUUUCUAUUUAUUAACAAACUGAGGAACAAGCAAGCAUUUUUGACUGUGGUAUUCAACAGCAUGCCACUAAUAUGGUGCAUAUACAAUAUAUUAAGUUUUUUUACUAAUUAAAUAAUUUUGUCUUGAUUUCCCAGUGAUUGUAGGUAAAGAUUCAUAAUGUCAAAUAAUUUCAAUACCAUUUUGGCCACACUUUAAAAAUUGGUUCAUUUAGAUCAACCUGUCAUUGAGUCAGAAAGGGACAAACUCAGCCGUUUGGGUAAAAUGUUUAUAUUUGACCCAACAAUGGGUUAAAACAACCCAGCAUAGGUAAAAUUACAACUUAGCGGUUUGGGUUAAUUCCUUUUUGACCCAACACUGACCCAGCAUUUUUCAGAGUGAACUUGUAGAUGUUAUAGAUCUGAUAUGCUUAAAUCUCAGUUUUGUGGAAAUGUGUGCGGCAUGUUAAGCAUUUGAUCAUUUGUGUUUUAAGUGUAUACCUUCAGUAUUCCAUUACUUUGUAUUAUGUUAUAUAAUUUGUAUAAGGAUUAAUUUGGGUUUUGGUUGCAUUUGGUGCAUGAAAUGUUUUGAAGGGAUAGUUCACCCAAAAAUGAAAAUAAUGUCACUAAUGACUCACCCUCAUGUCGUUCCAAACUCGUGAGACCUCCGUUCAUCUUUGGAACACAGUUUAAGAUGUUUUAUAUUCAGUCGAGAGCUUGUUGCCUCUUUAUUGAAAAUCUACGAGCGGUAUACUGUCCAUUUCCAGAAAGGUAAUAAAAACAUCAUCAAAGUAGUCCAUGUGACAUCAGUGGGUCAGUUAGAAUGUGUUGAAGCAGUCCAAAAAUGACGACUUUAUUCAGCAUUGUCUUCUCUUCCGCGUCUGUUGUGAAGCGCAUGCUUAAGUCACGUGACUGCAGUGACGCAGAUUAGGUGUUAUCCUCAGACAUGUUGGCGAAUUUAUAAUUUUUUUUACUUACAGCAUGCAUCUCCUUAAGACUGUAAACGAAGCCUGGGUGCACCAAAAAAAACAGCUGGGAUGCACCAGAUAACACGUCAGCCACGUUGUACGUCAUCGUACGUCAAUGAAAACGUCAAUAUAUUUUUAAUGCUUCAACAAAUUCUAACUGUCCCACUGAUGUCACAUGAAUUACUAUGAUGAUGUUUUUAUUACCUUUCUGGACAUGGACAGUAUACCGUACAUAGAUUUUCAAUGAAGGGUCAGAAAGCUCUUGAACUAAAUAUAAAACAUCUUAAACUGUGCUCGAAGAUGAACAGAGGUCUUACGAGUUUGGAACGACAUGAGGGUGAGUCAUUAAUGACAUCAUUUUCAUUUUUGGGUGAACUAUCCCUUUAAAGACAUAUGUAACAAAAAUUCUAACUUCAGUGUUGGAGGUCCACUCUCUUCAAAAGCUAGUAUGGGUUAGCUCCAAUACUAACAUACUUCAGGUUAAUAGACCUACAUAGCCACCGCUUUGACUGCUGAAUUAUACAUCCCUGCCAUAUUGUUGAGGCCAAAGCUGUCCUAUGAACCAAGCAAAGCUGGUGUUUUCUGGAAAAAAGCAUAAUUAUGUUUGUAGUCCAAUUUCAGUGCUUGACAAUGUGAGUUUUAACAGUUCUUUGACAAUUAUUAAUAUUUAAAGAUUGUAGAUUGUAAAGCGUUGAAAUCGGUUGAGAAAUGUAAACAUGAUUGUGCUUUUUUAAAUCCAGACCGUAGCUUCUAUGUUUACUCGUCUGUUUAUUUAGGGCCGUUUUGCCCUCCCCAAUAUGGGGGACUCCUUGAUGUAUGGCACCAACGGCCAAAGCAGUCAAUGCUGCAUCUGUGCAUGUGUCUUUGUUCAGGAUUAAUAGAAGAACCAAUAGGAGUGUUUGAUUAUGUUUAAAUCUAAAUCCUACAGGCCAAUGGCCUUUGAGGAACACAGCUGAGUAGCCCUGAUUUAUAAUUUUUUGAAUGGGUGCCAUUUUUAUUUUAUUUUCAUUAGUGUGUUUGUGAUCAAACACCUUAUGAUUCAAAAUUCAACUGAUAUAAAGAUGAUGCAUCAUAAAAAGCACACAUUAUGCAUUAUGUUGGUAAUGACACAGCUUGUGUUACAAGGUACCAAAUGGAUGAAACAUUUCUACAGUUUUCAUGGACGGGUUUGUCCAUGACAGUGUUGUGUAAAAUGAGUUGGACAAGUUUCUUCAAUACUUUCAACAGGUUGGUCUUUCAUAUUGGACUUGUUGCAUAUAAUAUGGUGUGUUGAUAUUGUAAGGUAUUUCUCUAUGUUGUGUAUUAUUAACCCUGAUCGAUGAUGGUCAAUAGAGAGAAUUGCUGCAUGCUGCCUCAGGAAUUUUUUUUUUUCAGAAAUGAUUAAUUUGCCAAUAUAUUGAGAAAUCAAUACUUUGUAAAACUUGGUGAAAUUGUAAUGUACACAUAUUAAUGUGCUUGGUUGUAGAGCAGGACAUUCAAAAGCACCUAAUCUGCCACAUGUAUUUUAAUGCAAAGGCCUUUUUUAUUUCCAAUCUCAUUUGUAAUGCUGAAUAUAAAUAAAUUUAAUUUGUUCAAUA